CUUCUCCAUAAAUAUUCUCUUCCGGGUAACGGCAUCGGAAAUAUUUCUGGAUUGCAGAAAGGCGGAUACCUGUUUGCUACUUUGCCGUUUAGAACUUUUCGUGAACCAUUUUUCCCCGUCACUCGUCAUUGAGUCGCCAUAUCGAACAAAAAUUAUUAUUCUGAGUAUUUUUAUUUUUGCUGAAACUGUAUUAGCCUCGACGAGAGUAGUAGUUUUCUAGCCUCAGCUAGCUAACUUUUAACACACUAGCAGAUAAGUUGUCAAACCCCCGGCAGUACAACAAGGAAGGUGCAACACCGAACCGACAACAAAAAGAUGUGCGAUAAAGAUCUGAUUUGGACACUGAAGACCGGGGACCUGGAUGAGGUCAAAGCCACACUGCAAACGGCUGAGCAUGUGAACCGGACCCUCGAUGGUGGGAGGAAGCCGCUGCAUUAUGCUGCAGACUUCGGUCAGACAGAUGUGGUGGAGUUCCUCAUUUCUAAGGGGGCAGAUAUCAAUGCUCCAGACAAACAUGGGUUUACUCCACUGAUGACUGCCUGUUUUGAGGGUCAUCUCUCAUGUGUCAAGCUCCUGUUAGAAAAGGUUGGUGCCCUGAUUGCGUUCAUGUAUGCGAGCACUGCCGUUGGCUUCAUCUAA